ACAUUAAAUCGAUUUUUAUCAAAACCGAAUAAUAAUUAUCUAUUCGCUUCGUAUGACAUCGGUCUUAGUCGGAUAAUGCCAGAGGCUAAAUAAGAGGCGGAAGACCUCGUUCGAGCGUUAGAACACGGGUCUUCCUGCUAGCUGAAAGGUUCGCCGAUGCGUGGGCACGAUGAGUAUUAGUGUGCGAGGUAGGCGUCGCUAGGGCAGUAGCGACGUUGGGCCGCCGUCGGUCGAGUGUCGAUGUGCUACAAUAUGUGCGAACCGGCCGAAUCGAAAUGUUCGGAUAUUGUCAUCGAUGCGUAGCGGAGUCAACUCGGGCCUGGUUAGGCGGGCCGGCCCGAUUUCCCGUACCUCAACGUUGGAACGAUUGGUCUUCUUCACCAAAUUCUAGCUUUGAUUCUCGCGGGACUUACAUAUGUUGCGCUUAUAGUCCGAGGUGUUUUAUUAUACAGAAGGUAAAACCAAACCAGGCUUUAAAUCCAAAUGCUGAUGUUUUCUAUAGUAAGGAUGAAGUUAUUUCUGAAGAAUUACUCUCAGAUAUAAAUGCUGAAGAUCAUACUUGCUCGUUAACUGAUGAACAAUUACCAGAUGAUGUCUGUACACAAGAUGGUGAGAGUUUAUUUCCUGAAGAUGGGUCCAAAUUGGAGAUAGCUGUUGAGGAUUGUAGUGGCAAUGAGCAAGAAUUACCUGUGGCAAUGAAUGGCACUGCCAAUGUUGAUUUGCCCUUGGACCUUCUGUCUCUUUCUCAGGAUCAGGUUGAAUCUGACACCCCUAAUAUUCAACAAACAGAUGAUAUCCACUCUUCUGACGGGACCAUUCCCCUUCCUCAGCUAAGAAGUCUGUUACAACAACAAUUAGAGUAUUAUUUUUCCAGAGAAAACUUGGCCACUGAUACCUAUUUAGUUUCUCAGAUGGAUAGUGAUCAGUAUGUACCAAUUGGCACUGUUGCCAACUUCAACCAAAUUAAAGGCCUUACAAAAGACAUUAAUUUAAUAGUUGAGGUUCUAAGAGAAUCCCCCCAUGUUCAAGUUGAUGAUUCUGGAAAGAAGGUACGCCCAAGCCAUAAACGUUGUGUGUUGAUUUUAAGAGAGAUUCCAGAAACAACACCUGUAAAAGAAAUAGAAUCUCUAUUUGACAGUGAAAACUGUCCAAAAUUUGUAAGCUGUGAAUUUGCCCAUAACAACAGUUGGUAUGUAACAUUUGAAUCAGAUGAAGAUGCUCACCGUGCUUAUUGCUACCUUCGUGAAAAAGUCAAGACUUUUCAGGGAAAGCCAAUCAUGGCCCGUAUCAAGGCCAAGUCCAUUACUCGUGCCUCCUUCAUUCAGCCAUCCAAAAAUGGCUUGCGUCAACCUGUAGAAUCAACGAUGUAUCUAAAUCAACCACAACAGCAGCAGCAGAGAUACAAUUAUGGAAGUAUACCUACAGUACCAUAUAAUAAUCAACAAGUAUAUCCUCCUUUUUAUCCUCCAACAAUGUUGCAAGCUUGGGCUCCAGCAACUCCAGCUUGUUUUGAUUUGGGUGCAGUAUUUUCAUUAAAUGGGCUUGCACCUCAAGCUUCUUUUAAACCUAUUGGUAAUAAUGGCAGACACAAUCUUCAUAUGCUAAGAGGAAGGGGUUCAAAAUCAUAUAAUCGUAUGCAUCAAAAUUAUGAUACUGACCAAGGUAGUCGAUUGUAUGACCGCAGUCAGUCGUUGCCUUAUGUUCGUCAACAACAUACCAUGAUGAAUGGUACUUCUGGUACAUUGACUUAUUUUCCAUAUGCCUUUAAUUCUAGAAAUCCUUAUGCCUUUGGACUAGAUGUUCAUGAUAUAUUUGCAUCAAAUACUCAAUAUUCUAAAAGGCAAGACUCGUAUUCUUCCCUUUAUUCACAUACAUCUCAUGCACAGUCCCAGACAUCCAGUCAGUCUAGGAAUUUUUCAAAGCAGGAAGUAACUGUAGGUGCCAGUCAUCCAACUCCAGUGCAAGAAUCAAGGAUAGCUUCUGAAUUAGUAAAAGAAUUACCAGGACAACCACAAAGGAAUAGGAACAGAAGAAAAAAGAAAGAAGAAGUUAACAAAUCUGGUGAUGCAAAUGGAAAUGGGUUAGACUAUGGCAACAAAUCUCCCAGUGCCAAACAAGAAUGCCCUAAAUUUGAUCUUGAGGCUUCAUCUUUUCCUCCACUUCCAGGGUCACUUGAAGCUGAAGGCUAUGAUGCUGAUAUAUUUGAAAGUCGUUUAUCAGAUGUCGUCAAAGGUACAGUUAAGCCAUCUAUGAAAGAUAGCAAAACUCAAACAUCUGAAUCAGCUUUGAGUAAUUCCAAUGUCACCAUGAAAGAUAGUUCAACCUUAACAAAUGGAGAUCUUCCUCCGGUAGUUCUAACUCCACCUUCUUCCCCUGAAGUUGUAGAAAAUUUUGUUAAUAUUCAAGAUGAUAUAAAUGAAGACACAUUUCCAGAAACUCAAGAGGAGGAAUCUGAAACUGUCAGUCCUUCACCAGUCAUACCAACUGCCACUGCCGUUGCUCCCUCAUCACCUGUCAAUAAACCUAGUUGUGUUGUUUCAAGUUGCAGCUCAUCACCCCCACAAAGUGCAUCCAUGAUAAAUAUUCAAGAACUGUUGACCACAUCAAAAGUGAUGACAAAACCAACUGUGAACAAAUCUCUUGAAAUAGAAGAGAGUCAUAUCACAUUUAAUGGGCAUUUAGAAAGUGAAACACCUCCAAAUAUAGAGGAUGAUAAACCUAUGAGGAAACUGACAUAUUCAGAAGUAGCACAACGAGCAAAAGAACGUGUAGAAAAACUUGCCCAGGAAUUGAAAGAAAAAGAAAGGCAAGAAGCUGCUGCUCGCUUAAGACAACAAGAAGCUCAGAGCAGGCAGCCUGCACCAAGAAACUUCAGAGAAUUUUCUAAAGGAAGAUUUGCUGAUCAGCGUUCUCGAUUAAGGGACUUUAGAGAACGCAGGACUGGAUUUGUUAAUUCUUCUGAAUCAGUUCGUCAUCCUGAAAACUUGAACAGAGAAGAAAUUCGUGGAGAUGGCCCAAGCACUGAUGUGAAGCCCAUCAAGAAACUUGCCCCUAAAAGAGCCUGUGGCAUCUAUAUAAAAAGUACAGGGUCAGUAUGAAUCUUUUGCACAAUGCUGUGGUCGUUGGAACUCUCUUCCUCGAGACGUUAUACCGAUUAAAACACUCAAUGACUUUUGCCAUAAGCUGGUGCUAGAGUAAAAUAUUUUCUAAACAAUUCUGUUAUUUUUUUCAGCAGCUUGCUAAAAAGUGAUCGUUAAAUUUGUAUUUUUGAGCUUCUAUUUUGUCUAACGCAUCAAACAUUUUAAUCGUUAUAACACUAAACGGUGUUUCAAACGAAAACAGUCGUGCAUAGCAAGUUUCCUCGGUGAACAAGUUAUCAGUUUAAAAUGGGCUAAAUGUAAAUUUGAGUUACUUUAUAUUAUAAUAUAAAGAUUAAAAAAAAAUAAGAGGUAAUAGGUGGAAUAGAUGAUUAAAAAAAUUAAGCUUUUGCCAGCAACGUCUUUCUGUAUUACGGAUGCACUCGUAUCGAAUUGUAAUUUUGAACGAUAGAGCCGGUGACAUUAGAAACAUAUGUACAGAAAAAAAAAAACUAACUGUAUCGUAGCCCAAGUAAACUGUUUGCACUGACAUUGUUUGUGUACAAAUUGAACUUCCAUUUGAAUUUUCUGUUGUUGCUUUGUAUCAUGUGCUUUUUAAAAAACAAAUUGACAUGGUGCCAGCAGUCGGUGUGGUACUGUCCAUAAUUUCUGGUAGCGGCCAGUUAAUGUCCGCAAAAUUUUCAAAUGAAUGGACUUUUUCAUGAGAGAUGCAGAAAGAUUAUAUAAAUAUAUAUAUCAGUAUACAUUUCAGUGAGAUAGCACUGAAAAAAAUGUGAUGUAUCCACCCUUCUGCACUCCCGAAAACUGUAUAAUACAAUAGUAGUCAUAGAUCUUGUAGAUGUAUUAAUGUCAAUGGCACCCCAUGCAGAAAAAAAAAAAUGUAGGAAUACAGAGCAUGGGCCAUUUUCCCAAGAGUGGGGAGCAGCUUUGUGUGUACUUAAAAAAAAAGCUACAUAAUAAAAAAAGCUAAACAAAAAUAGUUAGCCUGAUGUUAGAAGAAAAAUAUUAAAAAAAAAAACCAUAAAUUCAAUAAGAGAGAGAAAAAAAUGCGUCAGUAAAAUUAUUCGUAAUGGGCUUCUUGUGAAAAAUGUAUUUGUGCUAUUACAAGAGGGGAAAAUCCAAUGUGCAGCUGUACAUGUUGUAAUGCCUCGAAAGUAUUACAUGUUAAGUUUCAGGAAAUAGUAAGUAGGCACUGGAUGGGAAUAUAACAUUGCAGACUGGCAAUGGAUUGUUCUUAACUUUGUACAACACGGGUUGCUAAUUAAUGUAUUGUGUAAUCCAAAAAUCAGAAAGAUAAAUGCAGAUUAAAAGUAUUGAAGUAUUUGUUAAUCGACGAAUUUCUUCACGCAAGUGAAGGAAAUGCAGUAUAAUAUAUAUAUAUAUUUAAAAAAAAAUGCAAAAAAAAAUCAUCAAUAUCAAUUUAUCAUUUGUCAAAACCAAUGGCUAUAUUUACCAUUGUCUUUCCAAAUGUGGCCUAAGAUGUUGGUUGGGUUUGGUAUGUUACCAAUUGUUGAGUUUCCUACUGUUAAAAAUACACAGCGGUCAGUAAAAUGUCUUCUGGCAAGAGCAA